AUGGCGCCGUCGGAAUUGUCCUCAGGAGGCACGCGGGUCCUGGAGCUGGGGUUCAACCACUUGGAUGACAAGACGCGCGGCGCCCUGGAGGCCUUUGAGAAGGCCAUCCGCCCCGUGGGCCUGGCCGCCAGCGCCGGUGACAGCGGGGAGAAGGUCCGGGCCAGAGCCAAAGAGCUCUUGGACAAAGACUGCCGAGGCCUGGUGAGUGCGGGCGAAGCGCUGCUCAACUCCGUGGGGAAGGUGGGAGAGUGCCCAAUGAUGGUGCUUGUGCAGAAGCUGCCUCGGCUGCUGGCUCGGCAGGCGCUGAUGAUCGCCCUUUCCAAUGUGAUGCCUGAGCUCCUGGACGGCGAGUCAAGGCGGAUGCAGGUGGAUGAGCUGCAGAAACGGCAGCUGUCCUCUACGACGCGGUAUUUGCAGGAGCUUGGAACGGUGCGAUCCCACUUGCGCAACGUGACCGCGGCAGAGAAUCAUACCAGCCAAGCUGCAGGGGAAAGCGGCAAAGGCUCUUUUGCAAGCACCGUGACGUCAAUGAGGCAGGCAGCUACUGUGACCACAGCUUUGACAUCGGCGUUGAAGAAGACAAGAGGCGGAGACUCCAGCCGAAGGCCCUCCAUCAGCGAGAAGGAGGCGGACAUCCUCGAAACACAGGUGUCCACUGACGAUGAUCACGAGCUUCGGCCUUCCAUGUCCAUCACGUCCAACCCGAGCAUGAGAAAGGGCCGGAGGUCACUGACAGUCUCGGGCGCCGCAGCUGCAGCACUGGCGGCCAAGCGUACGGCACGUCAGCCGUCGGUGGAUGGAGGUAUAGCACCAGAUGUUGGAUCAGAGUUCGGGGACGUGCAUCACUACAUGUGGGACGCGGUGGAGCAUUUGGACAAGGGCCUCCAGGUCAUCGUCUGCAAAGUGAUUGCCGAGAAGAUGCAGUGCUUCAAGACGCAGAAAGAGGCCACAGUCCUGGCGGAAUUGAGCGCCUUGUGCCGACGCAUGGAGUCUUUCUUGCAGGGCACCUCGGUCGAGGAUCAGGAGAAGCAAAUGCAGGAGGCGCAGGCGAAGCUUGAGGCCAAGGACGCGGAGAUCCUGCGGCUCUGCGAGCGGCUGCAGCAGAGCAUGGAGCAGGCCGCGGAGAAGGAGGGCAGCAUGCUGAAGACGCUGGAGCAGCAGGAAAGGGUGCGCCACAGCAUCCAGCGCGAGCUGGUGGAAGCACAGGCCAACCUGAGAACCUUCCAGCAGAAGUACCAGGAGCUGUCGCAGGAGCUGGCGCAAGCAAAGGAAGCGGAGGCGGCCGCGCAGAAGGAGCGGUCCCAGCUGCAGAGAGCGAGGGUGCAGCUGCUGCGGCCGGGGGGCAAGACGGACCCCACGCAUCCCAACCUCCAGGACUUCUUCCACAAGUUCCUGCCCGGGCUCUCGCAGCACCUGGUAAAGGAGCUUCGAGAUCCCUCGGUGAACCAGCACUUCACGCCGAUCAUCGAGCACCUGCAGAGGGAGUGGGCUGCAGACUUGGAGAAGCACGAGAAGAUGGCGAGCCGCCUGAAGGUGGCAGAGAAGGAGCUGGCGCAAGCGUCCAGCCACUUGCAGGAGUUAGAAACUAGAUCGGCGGAGUUCAAGGAAGCCGCCGAGGGUCAGAUCCUCGCCCUGCGCCAGCGCGCGGAGCGGGCCGAGCAGGACAUGGUGCAGCUGCAGUCCGGCGUCCUGGACAAGAUCCACAAGGCCCCAGCCUUCGUGAGCCUCCGGGAGGAGUACGAGAUACUGAAAUGCGAGUUGGAAGAGUCCACCAAGCAGCUGGAAGUGCUCCGGACCGCCUUGUCGAGGAAGGACGAGGACAAGGCUCACCUGCAGGGCCUGCUGGAGGAGAAGGAGGCGCAGGUGCUGAAAUUGCAAGAGGAGGUACAAGAGGUGGCCGGCAGCCAGCUUCACCCCAGCAAGGUUGCGCAGCUGUGCGCUGAGCUGAAGCAAGUGAAGCACGAGUGCCAGGCGCUGACCAAUUCCAACAACUUCCUCAGGAGCGCUGUGGAAACUCUGCAGCAAAAGCUGGCUGAGCAGAUGGAGGGCCACGAUCACGAAGAGGCAGCCCUCAUCCGGGAAACAUGCAGCCGGAGUGUCUUUAGCCGCCUCUACGAGGACGCCGUCAGCCGCGACACCUCCUUGACUCCUCGGCUGCGGCACGCGGAGUCCUGGGCGGGCGGCACGGAGAACGGCGGUGUUCAGCGGCCGCAUUCUGCGGGAGUUCUGGGCAAGCGCCGACGCAAGGUGGACCCGCCGCGGAGCCGCUCGGCGCCCAGCAUGCUGCGGCAGCUGAUCAUGGAGAACGCCAGCAACUUGAGGAAGACCUUGGAUGAGCCUCUCUUUGCUCAUGACAUCCGGCUUCCCAUCUCCCCGCUUUCUCCCGCCAGCCGCCGAACGUUUCCAGUACGGAGUUCGCCAUCAGAUGUGCCGUACUGUGGGAGCAUCACGCCCGUGUCCCACGACUUCGCGGAGUUGUCCUCCGUGGCGGCAGAAGUGGUCUCGGUGGUGGGCAGCAGGCGCACCAUGCGACGUCUGAACACCGCACACUCGCGGCCGCCCUCUGCAAAGUCCUGGAGGACUCCGCGCUCCGCCGCCUCCGGCUCCGACCCGCGGCGGUUUGCGCCGUCCCGCUUCGGCUCCUCGUCGCCCUUGGGCACCUCGCCCCGGACCUCCGCCGCCGACAAUGCGAAGACGGCCGACAAAGGAAGCUCCGCCGCGGAAGGAAAGACGCCUGGCUCGAGGUCAUCUUCUCCUCCGGAAAAGCCAGGGAGCAACUCGCCACGGGCAGUGCCCAUGAGGGGCAUCAUGGACCCCAACGACACAGAAGAGGAGGUGCCAGUGCCCAGACACAGGGCAUUGCCGCAGGUGAAGCCAAGGUCUUCCAGCACCAGCCCGCAGCCCAUCCGUGAGAGGACGCUCAUCAAGCCGCCGCCGCCCACCUACCCCCGCGCCGUGCCGCGCAUGGCCCAGACGCUGCUGCCCACCGUGCGGCCCAAGUCCGCGCGGCCUCCUCCCUUGGUGGUGCCAUUUCUGACCUCCUCCCCAGCGAGGCCCAACUCCUGCGCCUGA